AUCCCCAAGAGCCUUCCCCUAGGCGUCAUUUUCAUUUUUCUGUAUCCUUAUGCAUAAACCCUAAAACCCCAAACCCGUACACUCGAAAUUCUCAAGUUUUGGCGGGUAAAAUUUUUUCUGUUCUUUUUGAAUUCUCCGGUUGGAAUUCAAUUCUCAUGCAAUCCACCCUGCACUUCCCAUCUGACUCUCCCACCUUCCAUUUUUCUUCGAACGCAAAAUCCAGCGGAGUUCGCUUUGCUCAUCAAAAACCCAUUUUGGCGAAGCAGAAACUCUCCUUUAAAACCCUAAGCCUCUCUAAAUCAUUGAGAAGUCCGUGUCAGUAUGAAAUUGAUGCUGUUGAAAAUGGAGAGGGACCAUCCUCGGCGACGGUGGCUCGGCUUCCUGUGGUGAUUCGGAGGUCUGGUAAGGUUUCUCGGUAUUUCUGGGAUGGGAAUUUUCUGCGGUUGGUUUGUGUAGACGGAGGCGCUUCAGCAGUUUGUUUCACCCUGGAUGAUGGGUUUCGUAAAUUAUUCAGAAUUUUUAGUUCAGCUGUUCGGAAUUUUUUUAUUCCUCGGCAAGUUCCUGGGAAUUAUAUGGAUUAUGUGAAGUGGAAGUUCUUGCAUCGGGUUUUCAGCUCUGCCCUUCAGGUUCUUGCUACUCAGGCAAUGCUUCGGGCAAUAGGGAUUGGGUUCUCCCGUUCACUUCCAUCCGCCGCUGCCCUAAAUUGGGUGCUGAAAGAUGGGCUUGGACGUCUCAGUAGGUGCAUCUACACUGCUAGCUUGGCAUCUGAUUUUGAUACCAAUUUGAAGAGAGUUAGGUUCUCAACCUCCAUUCUGUUCAGUUUGAGCAUUGGAGUUGAGUUGCUGACUCCUGCAUUUCCGCACUACUUCUUGCUUCUUGCAACUGUCGCCAACACUGCUAAACAAAUAAGCUUGGCAUGUUACUUGGCAACGAGUUCUGCUGUUCAUCGUAGCUUUGCAGUGUCAGAUAAUCUUGGUGAAGUUUCUGCAAAGGCACAGAUUCAAACAGUGUGCUUUGAUAACAUUGGCCUUAUGCUUGCCGCACUCUUGAAUAUAUUGUUCAAGAACAGUCAAAGAUUGCAAGUGGGUUUACCUUUCGUUGUGUACCCAAUUUUCUUGGCAAUUGAACUUUUUGGAAUAUAUCAAGGGCUUAAGCAUGUCCACCUACAGACAUUAACCAAGGAUAGGCUUCUGAUCAUACUAAAUACCUGGAUUCAGCUGGGAUAUGUCCCUUCACCUGCAGAAGUGAGUAAAAAGGAAGGAAUUAAUAUUUUAUGGAACAAAAGCACAGAAAUGUGGCCCAUCAGAAUUGGGUACUUAAAUCCCAAAUGUCAAAUGCCAGAGCUGUCAGCAGCGACAAUGCAAUCUUUAAGUAAAAAGGACUUCCAUUUCAUUUGCAUGGAGAUUGUACACGAAGGGUUGACUAGAAUUGAGCAACAAGGUAUUCUUCUCUGCAUACGGGAAGGGGCCGACUCUGCGGAUGUAACCAUGGGAUUAUUGCAGGCCUGCUACAUCCGGAAAGCCCUGAUAUCGAGCGGGAGCAGGUGGGAGAAUGUUGUCAAAGGUUGCUACUCCGACUUGGUUCUAAGAGAGUGGUUUAAAUUGAUUGAAGACAGCAAGCAGUGUGCCCGAGACGAAAUGAACAAGUUGAACGAAGAAAUGUUGAGAUUGGGGUGGGUUGUUAGAAACAUCUUAUUGAGUACCCAGGAGCAGGCUCGGUAUAGUUUCGUUGAUCACUGAAGUAGGGCUGUUUAUUUAUUUAUUAUUUUUUUCCCUUCUUUCUUUACUGUUGUUUUACAGUUUUAUUUAUUUAUUGGGAGUUUUGGGGCUUCAUGUGUACUGAAAAUUUCUGGGAACCACUUCAAGUCUUCAAUAGAAGUGGCAAUCAUUUGUAGCGUUGUUCAUAACAACUGGUUCAUAUAUAUAUAUAUACUCAUUCUGUGAA